AAGUUGAGGAAUGGAUGCCUGUUAAGCUUGGCCAUAACUUUUUUAUGUCCUAUUCCAUUUGGUCUUUGUAAGAAUCUUCUUUGUAAUUAGCAACUUGUUUGUUUUUUUUAUUUUCCAUUUGGUGUUUUGUAUUUGUAUUAGGGCCGGAUUAAAACCUGAUUCCCUAACAAAGUCAAUUUCAUACCCAGGGCUUAAAUCUAAAACCUCUGAUAAAGGAUGACGUAGUACUUACCACUCUGCCACAACCGUUCGUUGGUAUCAACUUGUUUGUUAAAUGGUCUUAGAGAAGGCCCUUAAAUACAUAUGAAACUCCACGACUGGCAAAAAAAAAGUCUCAAGUCUUUUGUGACACUUUCUUCCUUUUUUUGUCAUUCUUGGGAACAAAUCAUUUAGCAUUUACUCUUUUCUUGAACUUCAUUAAGUUAUAAAGUUUCCAAUUUUUUCGUUCUUGUGCAAAUGAAAACCAGAAGAGGAAAAAGAUCAGAGGCAUUUUGGCCCUCAAUUGUGAUGAAGAAAUGGUUGAAUAUUCAGCCUAAGCUCUAUGAUUUUAGUGAAGAUGAAGUUGACACUGAGGCAGAGAGUGAGGAUGAUGCUUGCUCUCUAAAUGAUGAAAGGGUGCAUGAAGAUCAUUGGCACAGAACACCAGGGAAACCUACGGAUUCCCAGUCUCAAACUUCAGGGAAGACUUCAACCAAGUAUUCAUCUAGACACAGGAGAGGGAAAUCAGAAACACUAAGAGCUCAGUACAUAAAUACAAAAGAAGUGAGAGUUACUAUAGGAACUUGGAAUGUUGCUGGAAGACGUCCGGAUGAGGAUCUUGAUAUUGAUGAGUGGCUUUGUAUGAAUGAACCAGCUGAUAUAUAUAUCCUUGGCUUCCAAGAGGUAGUUCCUCUAAAUGCUGGAAAUGUACUGGGAGCAGAAAAUAGAAGGCCGAUUCCAAAAUGGGAGGCUAUCAUUCGCAGAACAUUAAACAGAACAACAGUGGAACCUGAGGCUAAGCUAAAGAGUUAUAGCGCUCCACCGUCUCCGGUGUUAAGGACUUCGCCUGCAGCUGAUAUAAUUUCUGAUGUGGUAACUACUACUACUGCACUAGACGUAAUGGCAGAGGCAUCGAUGGAACCCACGUGCUUUGCUGAAAAUAACAUGAUCAACCUGAGGAAGAAUUUGCAAUUGAAGAGAAUAUAUGGCAUCGAUUGUGAUAGUCGAUUGGAUUGGCCUGAACAUUCACUCGACGCAACGCCUCAAGUCCUUUCUUCAACUUUUAAGUUGAGGGGAGUGUCGAGCAGCUGCGCUCUUGCUUUUAGCAAUCAUGAUAUGGGAUUAGAUGGUAGCAGGUUAAAACAAGGACACCAAAGCUCUGUGAACUUAGGAUCGUUGUGCACUAAUCAACAAGAGGAGCCUGAAGUACUUCUUGAUGCUCAAUCUGAUGGCUCCGAUCAAUUUUUUGACGAGGAAAAUGACUUCUUCGAGGAAUACACAGAGUUAGAAGAUGAAAGUUCGCUUCUAAAACACCCGAGUUAUAUUCGUAUUGUAAGUAAGCAGAUGGUUGGGAUAUAUGUAUCGAUUUGGGUCCGUAGGAGGUUGAGAAGGCACAUAAACAACUUGCAAGUCUCCCCUGUUGGAGUCGGUCUCAUGGGAUACAUGGGCAACAAGGGAUCUGUUUCUGUGAGCAUGUCUCUUUUCCAGUCAAGGCUAUGCUUUGUUUGUUCACAUUUAACUUCUGGCCAAAAGGAUGGGGCGGAUCAAAGGCGUAAUGCUGAUGUGUGCGAAAUUAUGAGGCGCACACAUUUCUCAAACUUAUUCGACACUGAUGCUGAUCAACGACAAACAAUUCCAUCUCAUGCUCAGAUAUUCUGGUUUGGAGAUUUAAAUUAUCGAAUCAAUAUGUUGGAUGCUGAGGUACGGAAGCUUGUUGCCAAAAAACAGUGGGAUGAUCUUCUCAAAAAUGACGAGCUAAUCAACGAACUCCGAAGUGGCCAUGUUUUUGCUGAUUGGAAGGAAGGGGCGAUUAACUUUGCACCAACAUACAAGUAUGAAAUCAACACUGAUAGAUAUGUCGGGGAGACUCCAAGAGAAGGGGAGAAGAAGAGAUCACCGGCUUGGUGCGACCGUAUUUUGUGGUUAGGGAAAGGUAUAAAGCAGCUCUUUUACAAGCGAGCCGAAUUAAAAAUGUCUGAUCAUAAGCCUGUAAGCUCAAUGUUUUCGGUAGAAGUUGAAAUAUUCGAUCACAGAAAUAUUCAGAGAGUCCUCAAUGUUAACAGCGCCGCUGUACAUCCUGAGAUUCUGCUAGAUAUUGAAGAGCAAGACUUAAACCUUCUUCAGAUAAGUGGUCAUCAAACAUGACAGUAGGUGAGUCGGUAUUAAUAACACGAAAAUUUGGGUGUUUUCAGCUAGGAAUCAGAAAUGAAACAUCGCGUACAUAUGUACUUCAAGGCAGAGGCGAAUCUAGGAUUUAGAGUCAAUCGAUUCAGAAUGUCUUAUAUGACGGACAAGCUUGCAAAGUCUUCAAAAUCAUAUUACUUUAAAGAUGAUAAGAUACGAAUUUUCAAAAUUAUUUGGUGUUUUCAGUUAGGAAUCAGAAAUGGAGCAGCGUGUACAUAUGUACUUUAAGGCAGAGGCAAGUCCAGGUUUUAGAGUCGGUGGACUCAGAAUGUUUCUUGUGUGACGGACAAGUCUGCAAAGUCUUCAAAAUCCUGUUAUUUUAAAGUUGAUAAGACACAAGAUGAAAUUUGUAUUUUUCAGAUGCAACAUACAUACAUACAUAUACCUGACCAAUGAAGAGUUGGAACCCUAGUGUGUUUAAUGUUCUGUAAUCAAGACAGUCUUGACAAAUUUUUGAGUGAAUUUUCCCUUAUUGUAAAAUUUGAGUGAAUUUUACCUUACUGUAAAUUUUGUUCUUCCCCAGUUUUUUUGCUGUACGGUUUUGUAAAAUAUUAAGUUAUAUCUUGGUACACAUUUAGAGUAGA